AUGGUAAGGCGAUAUCGAUCACGUAUACUGGGCGAAGCCAACGACACGGGUUACGGCUGCGCGUUUUGCAGCACACAUCUAUGCUUGGAUUCGGACGUUCUAUCUCGCCAUUUUCACGGAAAACAUGGCAAAGCAUAUCUUGUGGAUCGUUGUGAAAAUUAUUACGCAGGACCUCCCGAGCAAAAAGAGCUAAUAACCGGCACGCAUAUUGUUCGCGAUGUUUUUUGCACUUUCUGCGAUAAAAAUAUUGGCUGGAGCUAUGACUUUGCACACGACGAAAAAGAGCGGUAUAAAGUUCAUCGCUUUGUUUUAGAGUACAAGCUCAUACGAGCCGUUACCUCGAGCCCCUUGUAUGGCUACCUUGGGGCGGGAUCUUCGCUACAUGUCAACCUGCGACUCCCGAUCAUGGGUGAAUAG